CGAUAUUGUGGCUGACUGUUCAGACAAUGUUCCCACCCGCUAUCUGAUAAAUGAUGCCUGUGUCCUCAGUGGCAAGUGCCUAGUAUCUGCCAGUGCCCUGAGAAUGGAGGGCCAGUUGACAGUGUAUAACUACCGUGGAGGCCCCUGCUACAGGUGUUUGUACCCAAAGCCUCCCCGGAGAAAGUGACCAACUGCUCUGACGGAGGGGUCCUAGGAGUAGUACCAGGGAUCAUGGGAUGCUGCUUCAAAGCGUUGGAGGUCCUGAAGAUCGCCUCAGGACAGGAUUCUUCCUGUGGCCAACAGCUGUUGAUGUUUGACGCCCAGGAUGCCAAGUUCCGGUCCAUCAGGCUGCGGACCAAGCAGGCCAACUGUGCUGUGUGGAGAGAGAACCCCCACUGUCACACACUUAGUGGACUAUGAGAAGUUCUGUGGGUCUACUGCCACAGAUAAGUUUCAACUACUAAACCUUCACUCCAAAGACCAGAGGGUAUCCGUGCAGGAAGAGUAUAGUCCGUGACUUUCUGUUUUUUGACGAUUAUUGCAUGAUUACCAAUGCUUGACUUGGGCCAAAUCUCACAUUUUUUACUGCUUGAGCUCCUGUUUCUCUUAUAGAAUAUUAGCUCAAAAGUAUUGUGGAGCUCCUGCACCUAAAUGGAAACAGUACCAGCACCCAAAAUGAGUACCUUCACCUAUUUCAGUCCAAGUCAAGGACUGAUGAUUACACUUGAUUUUCUGUGAUUCGUGUGCAUUCAAAAACCCAGAUUAAAUCUAAAUGCUGACCCAACCCUAAAUGGGAAAUGACUAAAACGCGAUUGUACGUAUUCUACGGAAAAUAAUAACCUCUUUCUGUUGUUGGCGCUGACAGAAAUGGUUGUUUGGAUUUCUGCUAAAUUACAGCUUUCAAAAGAAUUUAGCCAUUAAGAGAAAGUAGAUGAAGAUUGUGAUUGAUUGGCCUAUAAUAGUGACUGUGCAAGGCCUGGAGUCGGAAACAGUUUUAUUUCCUAUAAUUGAAAUAAUGUGACAAAACGUUAAGCUUACUCCACCCAUCUCAACAAAAAAAGGCAACCAGUUGCACUUUGCAUGUAGUUAUCUCACAGAAAACUAGCAACUUCCAUUCUGAUGUCGCAGACCUUUAAACAUGACACUGUCAUUAACAAAGUGAAGUGUUGUAGGUGACCACUGACAAACAUUAGAAUUUCUCCUUUCUAUUGCCAGGAGUAUAAAGCUAUAGUGGACAACACGGCUGUUCAUCUCCUGCUGAACUUACGCCCUCUAGUGGAGGUGGAUAUAUGUUACCUGCCCACCUCCCUCGACAUUCCUCUUUCCUGUUUAGAAAACAGCAACAGUGAACACAUCCAUGUGCUGAAGGAGAGAAUUGGCCAAGUGAAAGAGCAGAUGUCGAGUGCAUCCCAGGUCCCAGGUACCAUGACUGAUCUGGUCUCCAUCUAGCUCCGCAGGUCACAACAUGCGGAGGCUCUUCAAUGGCUAGGCUUAUGGAGUGGCUCCAUAUUCACUGAAUAAACAGGAGUCAUUUGAGUGCUAAUUAAGUCUGUGUAGCCUUGUCCUGCGAGGGUGUUCGCUUAUUUUGGACAGCCAAUGACGGGAGUUGAUGGAGUUGCUAGGUGAUCCUUUAUCCAACACACAAAUAUACCGUCAUCGGCCUCUUUUUAUUGAAUAUUCAUCUGGGUCUUUAUUUCAGCAGAGUGUAUUUCAGCAAACCUGUGUAUAUUUAGCUAUUAAUGAGCUAUUUUAAUGGCCAAUUUCUGGGAAACACUUUGUUAUGUAAACAGUUGACACAGUUUAGUUGAACUGGGACACAUGACACCCUUUUAAGUUUCAAGAGUGAAAGAAGUCCUAUCAUGUUCAUAACACACCUAAUAGUGAAUUUGAAUUAAAAUACCAUGCAAUAGCUCUGCUUCUGGCCAAGCAUCAAACAAAGAAUAUUCCCUACAUAUUUUAUUCAUUCAACUCACGUAGUCUCGCAUAGCCAGCCAGACGUCGUAAUCUUGUGAGAAGCCAGGAAAUGGAAGCUGCUACUACUCAUUUUGAUUCGUUUGUGUUUCCCUGCUGCAGUUUAUGUGAUCUGUAAGCUGGGUAAUGACUCCCAGAAGGCAGUUCAGGUCUUGGAGAGAAUGUCAGGUUCUGAGGUGGACUGUGUGUCACUGCGAAGAACAUCUGUGGGGGACUUAUGGCCUGGGCCCAGAAGAUAGACUCCUCUUUCCCUCAGUAUUGACUCAACAUCACAGGUUCUACACCGAGGUUUCAUCACGGAAAGCUUAAAGAUCAUGUAGGUUUUUUCUGAGAGUGUGAGAUAUCAUUGGUCCCGUAUUUAAAUCUGUUUCAAGAGGAAAUUCACGCCAGUCGGUCAUUCAGAUAUAAUGUCCAUACAGUCCUAUUCCUCCACCAGCCCUGCCUUGUAAGUAGUGUAUCAUGUAAUCAUAACAACCGUUUUUCUGCCUCAACUUGUUUUAUGUAUUCUGGUUGCAUUGGGUAUUGCUUCCCUGACAGACAAUUCUUAGAUGAAUUAGUUACAUCUCACUGGUGAAAAGUGAAAGAAAUCCUUUCAAAUGUUGUACAAGAACAAACAAAACAUUGUAAUCCAUUGUCAUAACCUUGUUCCUGUUCCAGAUUGUUCUAUUUGUAUAACCCCAAUGUAUUGUUGAGGGCAUACAGGGUACUAUAGUCCUUCAUUAUGUAUUUCGAGUUAUUUGGGAACAUUGAUAUAUGAAAUAUGUAUUAGAGUUAUUACACAUCUGUACAUCCAUAAUGUGUUGUCAUUUCCAUAUUUGGAUAAUAAAUAAUAUGCUGAUGUAUGCCACCACCCUCUCUAAAAGAUUAGACGCAACAGUGCAAGGGAUAGAGGAUGAUGGCAUUUUUUUCUACGUUGCUGGCAACUGAUUUUCAGAACUGAAGCAAUAGAGGUCGGGUAACUACUGUUUUUUUUUCUCUCCAGCAUAAACCGAAUAACGGAAAGAUAGAUGAAAGAGGCAUGCGCAAUGUAAAGAUAACUUUUUCGAGACGCCAUUGCAUGUGAGAUUGUAGUUUGAAGAUUUAUCCUCACCGAUAGAAACCCAAAGCACCAAAUAGGUAAUAGAACUUCAAGCCCCAGGAACCGUUCUCUCCUCCUUUUCUCUCAGAAACAGUGGGAGUAGUCACAGCUGGGAGGAUAAUAAGAUGCGCAUGAAUCUGGCAACCACGAAUAGACGACAAGAGAAAGUUUCAAAAAGUAGAGAACUCGGUUGUGAGUCUUAGCACGCUUUUAGACAGUCCUGCUAAUGCAUAUGUUACAUUGUUGCUCAUUUGUAUGAUUUAGCCAAAAGGCGAAUGAGCUUGAAUAUUUUUUCUGUGUGAUUCGAUUGUUGGGAGUUUUUGGAGAAGUUCCUGCUGUCCACUGGCCAUGAAUCCAACGACGUCUUUUGAAGAAAGUGGAGGUUUCCUGUGGCCAGGGCAGAUAUGUGACUCUAGUACUGUGAGGGGACACCAUUCAAGAACAUGAAGUUUGGAAUGGUGACCGCCUCUUGCAGUGAGCGUUGGGGAAUCGAUCUCGGACGACUGGAGCAUCCACAGUAUCUCAGCAGUGCAAACUGCACACAUCUCUUGCCCUAGAGAGAGAGCUGAGGCCAUUUAGUGGAAUCAUCAGGCUUUGUCCGUGAAUUGAUUGCCAGGCAUGUGAGCAGUCAGUGGGGAUGAACGUUUGACUAUUGCUAUUGGCUAACACUGCUCGUGAUACUUUUGAAGACCUUGCAUUUCAUAUCUCCUAGAAUGAGGAUUGAAUGUUUCUUCAGACUUGUGUAUGUUCUUAGUAGUUCGGUGGUGCCUGAUUUAAAAAGGCAUCACUGACAGUUACAAUACUUUACAUUUUGCAUCAUCAUCUCUGCCAUUGGAAGAAACCCAAUGUCUGCCUGCAGCAGCUCAGCUCCUCCGUCCUUUCCCAAAGCCUACCUCCACUCACAAAUCCCAGCUGUGCCUCUGACCCCCUCACCAUCGCCAAGCCCCCCGGGACCCCUCUACAGCCGCCUGUCCAACGGGAGUCACGGGAGUCACACUCACAGCGCUCCCAGCCCCACUAACUCCCGCAGCUCCUUCCAUGGAGUGUCCUUCCUCCUCCAGAUUGGCUUGACCAGAGAGAUGGUGAACCUGGAGAACCAUGACCUGUCGCUGUCUGCUGUCAAAGACCUGGUCUGCUCUAUAGUCGACCAAAAGUUCCCAGAGUGUGGCUUCUUUGGCAUGUAUGACAAAAUCCUGCUCUUCCGCCAUGACUUGAACUCUGAGAACAUCCUCCAGAGGCUGACGUCAGCAGAGGAUAUCCACGAGGGAGAUCUGAUAGAGGUGGUGCUCUCUGCUUUAGCCACAGUAGGGGACUUCCAGAUCCGGCCUCAUGCUCUAUAUGUCCACUCCUACAAAGCGCCCACCUUCUGUGACUACUGUGGGGAGAUGCUAUGGGGCCUCGUCCGCCAGGGGCUCAAAUGUGAAGGUUGUGGGCUGAACUACCACAAGCGCUGUGUCUUCAAGAUCCCCAACAACUGCAGUGGGGUGAGGAAGAGACGUCUGUCCAACGUGUCCCCGCCGGGCCCCUCGCUCUCAGUCCCCCGGCCCCUCCCUGGUCCCACAGAACAUGCUGUGGUCGUCCUGGAGGAGCGCUCCCACCAGGAGGCAGGGAAGAGGAUCCUGUCGUGGAGUGGCCGGCCCAUCUGGAUGGAGAAGAUGGUGCUGGGGCGAGUCAAGGUGCCUCACACCUUCGCCAUCCACACCUACACCCGGCCAACCAUUUGUCAGUACUGCAAACGUCUGCUCAAGGGCCUGUUCCGCCAGGGCAUGCAGUGCAAAGAUUGUAAAUUCAAUUGCCAUAAGCGGUGUGCAUCAAAGGUACCAAGAGACUGCUUGGGCGAGGUUUCCUUCAAUGGAGAGCCUGCCAGCCCAGGGCCUGACUCUGACAGUACCAUGGAGGUGGAUAGUAGUGAUGUGGAGAGCACCAGAGGACUACUGGAUGACUCUGAGGAACCUUCAACCCCAGAACACAAGAUGUUCUACAUAGACUCUCCUUUCCUGGACCGCGAGAAGGACGAGGAGCCCAUCAAGACCAUCAGCCCAUCCACCAGCAGUAACAUCCCUCUGAUGCGGGUGGUCCAGUCCAUCAAACAGACCAAGAGGAGGAGCUCCACCAUGGUGAGGGAGGGCUGGAUGGUCCACUACACCAGCAGAGACAACCUGAGGAAGAGACACUACUGGAGACUGGACACCAAGAGCCUCAGCCUGUUCCAGAACGACACUGGAGCCAAGUUUUAUAAGGAGAUCCCUCUCUCAGAGAUCCUGCAGGUGGAACAGUCGAGGGACCUCAGUAGCCUAGCCCAGGGCAGCAACCCACACUGCUUUGAAAUCAUCACCUCCACCAUGGUCUACUACGUUGGAGAGAACAACGGGGGCCAAUACCACAGCCCCGCGCUGACAGCCUCAGGCGUGGGAAUGGAGGUGGCCCAGGGCUGGGAGAAGGCCAUCCGUCAGGCCCUGAUGCCUGCCACACCCCAGCCCAGUGUGGCCACCGCAGCCAGGCAGGGGAAGGACCACAAACAAGAGGUGUCUAUCAGCAUAUCUGUGUCCAACUGCCAGAUACAGGAGAAUGUGGACAUCAGCUCUGUGUACCAGAUCUUCUCUGAUGAGGUGCUAGGAUCUGGACAGUUUGGGAUUGUGUAUGGAGGGAAACACAGAAAGACUGGAAGAGAUGUGGCAAUCAAGGUGAUUGACAAGAUGAGGUUUCCUACCAAGCAGGAGAGCCAACUGAGGAACGAAGUGGCCAUCCUCCAGAACCUUCACCAUCCUGGUAUCGUCAAUCUGGAGUGUAUGUUCGAGACGCCUGAGAGGGUGUUUGUUGUCAUGGAGAAACUCCAUGGAGACAUGCUGGAGAUGAUCCUGUCCAGUGAGAAGAGCAAGCUCCCAGAACGCAUCACCAAGUUCCUGGUCACACAGAUCCUGGUGGCUUUGAGACAUCUGCAUUUCAAGAACAUCGUCCACUGUGAUUUGAAGCCCGAGAACGUGCUGCUGGCCUCAGCAGAACCCUUCCCACAGGUUAAACUGUGUGACUUUGGCUUUGCCCGUAUCAUCGGUGAGAAGUCGUUCAGGCGUUCGGUGGUGGGUACCCCGGCCUACCUGGCCCCAGAGGUGCUGCGUAGUAAGGGCUACAACCGCUCCCUGGACAUGUGGUCUGUGGGGGUCAUCGUUUACGUCAGCCUCAGCGGGACAUUCCCCUUCAACGAGGACGAGGACAUUAACGACCAGAUCCAGAACGCUGCCUUCAUGUACCCACCCCAGCCAUGGAAGGAGAUCUCUGCAGACGCUACAGAUCUCAUUAACAACCUCCUACAAGUGAAGAUGAGGAAGCGGUACAGUGUGGACAAGUCCCUCAGCCAUCCUUGGCUACAGGACUACCAGACGUGGCUGGACCUCAGGGAGUUUGAGACACGGCGUGGUGAGCGUUACAUCACCCACGAGAGUGACGAUGUGCGCUGGGAGGAGCAUGCAGACGAGCAUAGCCUGGUCCACCCUAAACACUUCAUUAUGGCGCCCAACCUGGACGAUAUGGAGGAGGGGCCCUAGUGGCCAGGAGGCCAGGUUACAGGUGUGGCCAAGAGGAAAACAUCAGUAACCUCUGCAGGUUGUUGACCUUUGGAAGCAUUCCCUCUAAAACUGAUUGGGAAAGGGUCAGACACCCCUGUGCAGGGACUGUGUGACAGGGGAUUCUGACCCAAGACUCUGUGGUUAGACAUACUGCCACAGGGAGCAGACAGGUGGCUCUGGGGUGGCCCCUGUUUCUUUAGGACACCGCAGUGGAACCAAAAACUUUGGGAGAAAGACAUUUAUUUUUUUUAUUUUUUUUUCUUAUCUUGUAGAAUCAUUCCAGCUCAACUUCAUUGGUCCUUUUGGGAAAUGCAUCAUUAUUAUAAACCAAAGGACAAUUAAAGUUGAAGGGAUAUAAUUUCCUUAACAUUAGGAGUGAGUAAUGGUAUGCCAUUCUACCUGUGAAGGGCUUACAGAUUAGUGAGCUUAAAGGGCACUUAUCACAAGGGAUUUGUAUCCACAGAAAGAUUGGAAUGCGUAGGUAUUUGCAAACACAACUUUGUGCUUAUUCCAAGACAGUUUUGAAACCAUGUCCUUUGACAGUAUGAAACUGGAGCUAUCAUUUGCAUGUAGAUGUUGUACUUUACUAAUGGGAGGUAGAUUUUUGCACUAUGCUACCAUCAAGUCCAACCAUUUGAAAAGUUAAAGCUGCUACAUCAGGUUCCCUAGAGAGAAUGACAGAAUGACAGAAAGUGUUGACUACAACAUAACUUAAAGUUUGUGCUAAGAGCUUGAUACAGUAAUGCCUAGGUGAGUAGCAUAGAGAUUGUGAAAAUGGCUACAAUGCAAAGCCUUUAGUAGAGCACCUGUCAUAAACAGUGAGCAAGUAAAUCAAAAGGCGCAGGGACCAAAGACUGAAUCCAGCUAAUUGAUAUUAUUCAUCUUCAAUUUCCCUGUCUUCUCAUGACCAAUAACUCAUCUGUUUUUCGAAUGGCUGUCUUAUCAUUGUGGUUCACUCUACUUCGUUGUCUAGAAAGUGGCUUGACUAUUGUACAUUCCAAGCAGGGUUCGAGCCAAACCUGGUGAUGGGGCCACUACCCCUCAAGGUAUUACAGUAGCUAUCUACAGUUGAAGUCGGAAGUUUACAUACACUGAGGUUGGAGUCAUUAAAACUUGUUUUUCAACCACUCCACAAAUUUCUUGUUAAUUAACAAACUAUAGUUUUGGCAAGUCAGUUAGGACACCUACUUUGUGCAUGAUACAAGUAAUUUUUACAGCAAUUGUUUACAGACAGAUUAUUUCACUUAUAAUUCACUGUAUCACAAUUCCAGUGGGUCAGAAGUUUACAUACACUUAGUUGACUGUGCCUUUAAACAGCUUGGAAAAUUAUGUCAUGGCUUUAGAAGCUUCUGAUAGACUAAUUGACAUAAUUUGUGUCAAUUGGAGGUGUACCUGUGGGUGUAUUUCAAGGCCUACCUUCAAACUCAGUGCCUCUUUGCUUGACAUCAUGUUGAAAAUCAAAAGAAAUCAGCAAAGACCUCAGAAAAUAAAAUUGUAGACUUCCACAAGUCUGGUUCAUUCUUGGGAGCAAUUUACAAAUGCCUGAAGGUACCACAUUCAUCUGUACAAACAAUAGUACGCAAGUAUAAACACCAUGGGACCACGCAGCUGUCACACCGCUCCUAGAGAUGAACGUACUUUGGUGCGAAAAUUACAAAUCAGUCCCAGAACAACAGCAAAGGACCGUGUGAAGAUGCUGGAGGGAACAGGUACAAUAGUAUCUAUAUCCACAGUAAAACGAGUCCUAUAUCGACAUAACCUUAAAGGCCGCUCAGCAAGGAAGAAGCCACUGCUCCAAAACCUCCAUAAAAAAGCCAGACUAUGGUUUGCAACUGCACAUGGGGACAAAGAUUGUACUUUUUGGAGAAAUGUACUCUAGUCUGAUGAAACAAAACUGUUUGGCCAUAAUGACCAUCGUUAUGUUUGGAGGAAAAAGGGGGAGGCUUGCAAGCUGAAGAACACCAUCCCAACCGUGAAGCACAGGGGUGGCAGCAUCAUGUUGUGGGGGUGCUUUGCUGCAGGAGGGACUGGUGCACUUCACAAAAUAGAUGGCAUCAUGAGGAGGAAAAUGUGGAUGUGGAUAUAUUGAAGCAAUAGCUCAAGACAUCAGUCAGGAAGUUAAAGCUUGGUCGUAAAUGGGUCUUCCAAAUGGACAAUGACCACAAGCAUACUUCCAAAGUUGUGGCAAAAUGGCUUAACUUCUUAUGGAUAGGGGGCAGCAUUUUCACGUUUGGUUGAAAAGCGUGCCCAGAGUAAACUACCUCCUACUCAGUCCCAGAUGCUAAUAUAUGCAUAUCAUUAGUAGUAUUGGAUAGAAAACACUCUGAAGUUUCUAAAACUGUUUGAAUUAUGUAUGUGAGUAUAACAGAACUCAUAUGGCAGGCAAAAACCUGUGAAAAAUCCAACCAGGAAAAAUCCUGAGGUUUGUAGGUUUUCAACUCAGCCCCUAUUGAAUAUACAGUGGGAUAUGGGUCAUCUUGCACUUCCUAAGGCUACCACUAGAUGUGGCUUCCACUGAAUGUUGUUUCAGGCGUCUACUGUGAAGAGGGGCUGAAUGAGAGGGGAAUGAGUCAGAGGUCUGCCAGAAGCCUCGGUCUUGUGACGAACGGUCAUGAGAAAGUUACCUCUCUUUCCAUUGCUUUUCUACAGACAAAUUAAUUCUCCGGUUGGGACAUUUAUUGAACAUUUAUGAUAAAAACAUCCUAAAGAUUGAUUCAAUACAUCGUUUGAUUUGUUUCUACGACCAGUAAUAUAACUUUUUGGAAUUUUCUUCCGACAUUUCCGCUGGAUUUGUUUACUAAACGCCCUAACAAAAGGAGAAAUUUGUACAUAAAUGAUGGACUUUAUGGAACAAAUCAAACAUGUAUUGUGGAACUGGGAUUCCUGCGAGUGCAUUCUGAUGAAGAUCAUCAAAGGUAAGUGAAUAUUUAUAAUGCUAUUUCUGACUUAUGUUGACUCCAACAUGGCGGAUAUAUUCUUGGGUUGUGUAUGUCAUCUGAGCACCGUACUCAGAUUAUUGCAUGGUUUGCUUUUUCCGUAAAGUUUUUUAAAAAUCUGACACAGCGGUUGCAUUAAGGAGAAGUAUAUCUUUAAAUCUGUGAAUAACACUUGUAUCUUUUAUUUAUGUUUAUUAUGAGCAUUUCUGUGAUUUGAUGUGUCUCUGUGCAAAUUCACGGGAUGUUUUGUAGGCAAAGCCAAAUGUAAACUGAGGUUUUUGGAUAUAAAUAUGAACUUGAUCGAACAAAACAUACAUCUAUUGUGUAACAUGUUGUCCCGGGAGUGUCAUCUGAUGAAGAAUAUCAAAGGUUAGUGAUUCACUUUAUCAAUAUUUCUGCUUUUUGUGACUCCUCUCUUUGCUUGGAAAAUCACUGUAUGCUUUCUGUGACUAGUUGCUGACCUAACAUAAUGAUAUGUUCUGUUUUCGCCGAAGAGUUAUUUUUAAAUCGGACACUGUGGUUGGAUUAACAAGAAUUGUAUCAUUAAAAUGGUGCCUAAUACUUGUAUGUUUGAGAAAAUUGAAUUAUGAGAUUUCUGUUGACGGAAUUUGUCGCCCUGCAAUUUCAUUGGCUGUUGGCGAGCGGAACCCCAGUCCUAGACAGGUUAAGGACAACAAAGUCAAGGUAUUGGAGUGGCCAUCACAAAGCCCUGACCUCAAUCCCAUCGAAAACUUGUGUGCAGAACUGAAAAAGUGUGUGCGAGCAAUGGGGCCUACAAACCUGACUCGGUUACACCAGCUCUGUCAGGAGGAAUGGGUCAAAAUUCACCCAACUUAUUGUGGGAAGCUUGAGGAAGGCUACCCAAAACGUUUUACCCUCGUUAAACAAUUUAAAGGCAAUGCUACCAAAUAAUAAUUGAGUGUGUGUAAACUUCUGACCCACUGGGAAUGUGAUGAAAUAAAUAAAAGCUGAAAUAAAUAAUUCUCUCUACUCUCUACUAAUUCUCUCUGACAUUUCACAUUCUUAAAAUAAAAUGGUGAUCCUAACUGACCUAAGACAGGGAUUUUUUUACUUGUAUUAAAUGUCAGGAAUUGUGAAAAACUGAGUUUAAAUGUAUUUGGCUACGGUGUAUGUAAACUUCCGACUUCAACUGUAUGUGAAAGAGGCUUGGUUAUACCAACAACAAUGAUCUCAAUACAGGAGCUCAUCAUGGGACCAAGCCUUCAUUACAAGGGCUCCAUAUUGGCAUGAUGAACACUUAUACCAAGCAUGGGUUCAAGGUAUACACCAUUGCCCUAUUUUUUUCAUUUGAAUUAGUGAAGCAAAUUGAGAGACGAGAAACACAUUUUACUCUUUGGUGAGUGUCUGACAGUGUAUGGAAAGAAUAGCCUAUACAAAACAUAUUUGUACUGUGUUUUUCUACCAAAUGUUCAAGAUUGUUUCAUUUCUUUACUUUAGUUUAUUUUGAAUAUCACAGUUAAAACACCCUUACUUCUGAAAUAUUUAAAGUGCACUGGGCUAUUCGUGUCUCUAACAUUCCUGUACUGCUUUUAAGUACUGUAUGUGUCCUCCAAGGUUACCAAAAGAUGUUACACCUAACAUUCGGUUAUGAUGACCAUUAACUACAUUUCAAUGCCUGUGUCCAUUUCAAACAGUCCCUAGACAAACAUGUAGCCUAAAGCCUAUGGUGUUGGAAUGGAUUCAGGCCCUAACAGCGUUAUUUUGGGAGAAUGUAGGUGGAUCUUUUCCCCAUUCUCCUGUUCCUGUCCGUGUUGCCGCUGGAUUGGCAGGUGUCAGUGUUUUUGUAUAUUUUAGUACAUACAAAUUUAAUUUAAAAAACUCUACUUCUUUUACAUGCCUAUUGAGUCUCAGUUUCUGUGUGUCAUAAAACUAGAUUUGUCUAACACUCAAAUCCAAAUUCUCAGUUUGACUUUACAGCAUGAUUUAAUCGCUUUGACCUCAACUGCCAUAAGCUAUAGCAAACUUGUGCAAGCAGGGUCCAAAUGUGCAGCCUUGCUAGCAUCACACACCCAAGAAGACCCAUCAUCAACCUCACCUUCCAAAAGAGUGCAUAUCAGUUCCAGUUUAAAGGUGCAGCUCAGUUGCAUUUUAAAGGUGUCGCUCAGUUUAAAGGUGCAGCUCAGUUCCAUUUUAAAGGUGAAGCUCAGUUGCAUUUUAAGUGCUGCUCAGUUUAAAGGUGCAGCUCAGUUCCAUUUUAAAGGUGUAGCUCAGUUGCAUUUUAAAGGUGUCGCUCAGUUUAAAGGUGCAGCUCAGUUCCAUUUUAAAGGUGUAGCUCAGUUGCAUUUUAAGUGCUGCUCAGUUUAAAGGUGCAACUCAGAUCCAUUUUAAAGGUGUAGCUCAGUUGCAUUUUAAGUGCUGCUCAGUUUAAAGGUGCAGCUCAGUUCCAUUUUAAAGGUGUCGCUCAUUUUAAAGGUGUAUCUCAGUUUAAAGGUGUAGUUGCAUUUUAAGUGUCGCUCAGUUUAAAGGUGUAGCUCAGUUCCAGUUUAAAGCUGUCGCUUAGUUUAAAGAUGUAGCUCAGUUGCAUUUUAAAGGUGUCACUCAGUAUAAAGGUGUAGCUCAGUUCCAGUUUAAAGGUGUCGCUCAGUUGCAUUUUAAAGGUGUCACUCAGUUUAAAGGUGUAGCUCAGUUGCAUUUUAAAGGUGUCGCUCAGUUGCAUUUUAAAGGUGUCACUCAGUUUAAAGGUGUAGCUCAGUUGCAUUUUAAAGGUGUCGCUCAGUUCCAGUUUAAAGGUGUAGCUCAUGUUCAUGUAGCUAGAGACUGAUGGCUGAUAUGUAAUUUGAAUAAAGGUUUAACUCAU